AUGGACGAGGCUAUCAAGCAGCUCUUAGAAUGGUCUACUUCAAUAGGAGUCGAGUUGAAUGGUAUUCAUCCAAAAGCUCUUCACGGACGAGGUAUCGGCAUUGUGGCUACCCGGCACCUUGAGGCCGAUCAAGUCAUUCUUAAAGUGCCCAUAUCUGCUUUGCGCACUCUCAGCAACACUCCGAAAAACAUCAUCAAGAAGCUUAGCGGUGCUUCUGUUCACAAUAUCCUUGCAGUUUCUCUUUGUCUGAGUGACGGCACUGGGAUUGACAAAUGGACUCCUGUCUUUCCUUCUCGGCGGGACAUCGCCUCGAGUUUGCCCAUUUGUUGGCCUGCGAAGCUACGCUCUUUGCUGCCGUCAGGAGCCAAGGCUUUACUCACAGCUCAACAGGAUAAGUUCAACAAGGACUGGGCACUCGUGACGGCCGCAUACCCAAAGAUUCACAAGGAUGACUAUUUGUACAGUUGGCUCCUUAUCAACACUCGAACUUUCUACCACACAGAUCGCAGCACGGAUAAGCUGCCCAGGGAAGAUCGAAUGGCACUCCAGCCUGUGGCGGAUCUUUUCAACCACACGCCCGAGGGCUACUGCGUCGCCGCUUUUGACGACAAGUUCUUUACAUUUACCACUACGCGUACUCACCAGCCCGGUGAAGAAGUAUUCAUCCGCUACGGACCUCAUGCAAACGACAAGCUGCUUGUGGAGUAUGGCUUCACACUGCCGUCGUCCGUGAACCCUUGGGAUGAAGCAUGCCUCGACUCGUACAUCUGCCCUUCCAUGUCCGGCGAUCAGAGACACCGGCUGGAAGCCGUCGGCUUCUGGGGGAACUACAUGCUUGAUGCCCAAACAGCAUGUUACCGCACGUAUGUUGCCUUGCGGAUGCUCUGCCUUCCGCUUAACCGGUGGCAAGAUAUCCUGGACGGGACGAGGGACGAGGACGAGGACAGCUCGGUCAUUAAUGCGGCACUGCUAAAGAUAUUGACCAAGUACGACGCCGACGUCACCAGCGCUCUGGGGCAUCUGGAGCAGCUGGAGGCCAGUUCCGUUGGCGACGAGGAAAUGAGAGGCAUCCUGACAGACAGAUGGCUCCAGAUUAAGCAUCUGGUGACGGCAGGAAGAUCACGGAUUGAAAGCUAA